CACGGAGAAACCCUCAAAGGAUCGUCUCACUUUAUCUCCAGGUUGUAAAAUGGAAGAUGAGGACAUCACAGGAGAUUGUGGAGGAGAAAAGACAAUGAGCUCCACUAUGGAUGGAGGACUUCACAGUGUGGAUAGAUCAUGGAAUCCCUCUGACUCUGAGCAACCUCGUACUGUGAGGGGUGGGGCCAGGAUUAUGGGGGAGGAGACAUUUUCCUGUCCAGAAUGUGGGGAAAGUUUUAGUUCUGAAUUAGAUCUUUCUGCACAUCGGAGAUCUCACACGGCUGAGAAGCCGUAUUCCUGUGCUGAGUGCAGGAGAUGUUUCUCAAAGAAUUCAGAACUUGUUACGCAUCAACGAUCCCACACGGGGGAAAGGCCGUUUUCCUGCCCUGUGUGCGGGCAGUUUUUUUCACAGAGGACCAAUCUUUACAGACAUCAGAAACUGCACACGGGCGAGAAGCCGUAUUCCUGCUCAGAGUGUGGAAAAUGUUAUACGCGGAAAACAGAACUUGUUAUACAUCAAAGAUCUCACACAGGGGAGAGGCCGUAUUCCUGCCCCGAGUGCGGGAAAACGUUCUCACAGAGGUCCCAUCUUUAAUGCGCAUGAGAGAUCCCACUCAGGCGAAAAGCCGUAUUCCUGUCCUGAGUGCGGGAAAUGUUUUUCACAGAAGUCCAAUCUUACUGUACAUCAGAUAUGCCACACGAGGCAGAAGUUGUUUUCCUGCCCUGUGUGCGGGAAAUGUUAUCUACGAAAAUCAGCACUUGUCAAACAUCUAAAAAUCUCACACAGUGGGAAAACUGUGUUCUUGCUCUGAGUACGGGAAAUGUUUUUUGUCUUACCAAACAUUAGAAAACUCCCACAAUCCUUUAGGUGUAUUAGUGUCCUGAGUGCGGGAAAUGUCUUCUAUAUGGAUCAUAUUUUUCCGUACAUCAGAGAUCUCACACUGGGAAGAAGCUCACCUUGAUCUACACCUCAGAAAACACGUGGCUGAGCGCUCCUCUGAUCUCUAUCAUGGAAAAAACUCUUUAUUAGGAAAUUCCGAGAUCACUAAAGACUUCAAAGUUCUGUCUGGCUUCCUCUGCUAGGAGAGAGAAGGAGGGGGUGUCACUGCUGGUUGGGUCCCUCUAGGAGAGAGAAGGAGGGGGUGUCACAGCUGGU